AUGGGAUCGGGACUCGGUCCUGACUGGACUGAGCUGACUCGGGAAUGUCUCCUCAACAUCUUCUCACGGCUAAGCAUGCAAGAAAGAUGGAAUGGACCGAUGCUGGUCUGCAAGACCUUGAUGAACGUAUGCCAAGACCCAUCACUCAACACAAUCUUCGAUCUUGAAACUCAAUUUCUGUCGAUCCCGGAAUCGAUCAACUUGUGGACUUCCGAAUUCGAGGCUAAAGUAGACUCAACGCUCCGGUCUGUUGUCGAUCAGAGCCAAGGAGGUCUAACAGAGAUUCGAGCCAGGCACUGUACGAAUCAAUCUAUCUCUUACGUUGCCGAGAGGUGCCCUAAUCUUGAGGUACUUUGGAUUAAGUAUAGCCCAAGAGUUACGGUUGAGUCGAUGAGGAAGAUAGCCUUAAACUGUCCAAAGCUGAAGGAACUUGAUAUAAGUUUUGAAAUAUCAUGCGAUUGUAUGGAGAUGGUUGGUAAUAACUGCAAGAAUCUUGAGAUUCUAAAACGGAAUACGAUGGAUCCAUCAGAGGUGGAGAGGUUAGAACACACGAGGUCGGUGCCUUAUACCUAUUUGGAGGAUCUAUCUAUCAUGAGAACCAUGACUUUAGGGAAUGUUGAUGUUUAUACGGUUGUGAGACACAUGCGUCAGCUGAAACACUUGGAACUUCGAUUCUCCACGCUAACUGAUAUAGCUCUUGAAAGACUUUGUAAAGCUUGUUCGAGUCUAGAGUAUCUGGACUUGUUUGGGUGUCGGAACUUGACUAGCGAUGGUGUUACUAACAGUAUCUCACUUCUCAAGAAUUUGAAGGAUAUCAAGAAACCAGAUUUUGAAGCUUUAGUCUUUGACUACUGA